GCCUGGCGCGGGGAGCCCCGGGGCGGACGGAGCGCAGCGCGGGCCCGCGGGCCUCCAUGUGCGUGUUGGCGGCGGCGGGCGCGCUGAGCGCUCGCGCCCCGCAGCCUCGAGGGCCGGCCGGGACAGGCGGGCGGCGACGGCCGAGAGGUGGAGGCUCGAGCGGGCCCUGGCGGCGCUGAGCACGGGGAGCGCGCUGCCUGCAUGCGUGCAGCUCUGGCCCGCGGUGGCCGAGGCGGCGGCAGCGCCGGAGCCCGAGGCUGCUGGCCACCGAGAGGAGCGCGGAGCCGGGCAGACGUCCCAGGUUCCCGCUGGAGUGCGGUGACCGUCUAAAGCCGGGUGCGUCGCCGAGACCGGGACCUACCUCCUUUGAAUCUCCCCGCGUCCUGGCCAGGCGGGAGACUCUGCUCAUUUGCUAACGCACUUCGUGGAUCCGAACGUGGCUCGGCUCGGAGCACGCCCGGCGACCUGUAGGACUCCAGCCCUGGCCGCGGCCACCGCUCGCGGCUUUGGAGGACUGCGCUGGGUGGGGGCUCGCGGGUGUCGGUGUGUGCCGCGGGCCGGCCGGAGGUUGCUUUUGGAGGAGGGCCGGUGGAAAGGUGGUUUGGGAUUUUCUGUGAAGCAUGGAGGAGAAUGAUUCCAAGCCCAGCGAGGCAGCGGCCGAGGCGCAGAGGCAGCCGGAAUCCAGCCCUGGCGGCGGCUCCGGGGGCGGUAGCAGCCCCGGCGAUUCAGACACCGGCCGCCGGCGGGCUCUGAUGCUACCCGCGGUCCUGCAGGCGCCAGGCAACCACCAGCAUCCGCACCGCAUCACCAACUUUUUCAUCGAUAACAUUCUGCGGCCUGAGUUCGGCCGCCGAAAGGACACGGGGACGUGCUGUGGCGGUGCGGGCGGAGUGAGAGGCGGCGAAGGCGGCGCUGGCGGUACAGAGGGUGGCGGCGGCGCAGGCGGAGCCGAACAGCUCCUGGGGGCCGGCGCCAGGGAAUCCCGGCCGAACCCAGCGUGCGCACCCAGCGCCGGAGGGCCGCUCUCCGCCGGUGGCGGCGACUCUGCGGCUGACGGAGAAGGCGGCUCCAAGACACUUUCGCUGCACAGCGGUGCUAAAAAACCCAGCGACCCAGGGGCUUCCUUGGAUGGAGCGCUCAAGGCCCGAGGCUUAGGCGGCGGUGACCUGUCGGUGAGCUCCGACUCGGACAGCUCUCAAGCCAGUGCCACCCUGGGCGCGCAGCCCAUGCUCUGGCCGGCUUGGGUCUACUGCACGCGCUACUCUGACCGGCCUUCUUCAGGUCCCAGGUCCCGAAAACCAAAGAAGAAGAACCCGAACAAAGAGGACAAGCGGCCACGCACGGCCUUCACUGCAGAGCAGCUGCAGAGGCUCAAGGCUGAGUUUCAGACCAACAGGUACCUAACAGAGCAGCGGCGCCAGAGCCUGGCGCAGGAGCUCAGCCUCAACGAGUCUCAGAUCAAGAUCUGGUUCCAGAACAAGCGGGCCAAAAUCAAGAAAGCCACAGGCAACAAGAACACUCUGGCAGUGCACCUCAUGGCCCAGGGCCUGUACAACCACUCCACCACAGCCAAGGAGGGCAAGUCGGACAGCGAGUAGGCCAGCAAGCAGGGCGGCCGGCUGGGCCGCGUGAAACAAUGCAAUAAUUUAAAAACCGUGAACAAAGGGCCAGUGUAUAAAGAUUAUACCAGCAUUAUCUGUGAAAAUCCCGUGUAUUAGCUAUGGUUCUACAAUAAUCUAUGUACAUAUAAUUUACAGGUGGUGUAAAAUCCAAAAUAUCUGACUAUAAAAUAUUUUUUGAGUUUUUUAUGUUUAAGAGGUUAUGCUAAUUUUAUGUUAUUAUUAUUCUUUCUGCAAAGGGGGCUGUUUAGGGUUUCAGCUUUUUCUUUUUCUUUUUUCUUUUUUAAUCCCUUAAGCUCCAUUAUGGGACAUCGGACACUUUUUUUUUUUUUCGAAAGAAAAAAAUUAAAACAACUUGCUAAAGUCCAAAGAUUUUUAUUGCUGCAUUUCACAGGACUGUGAACCGAAUAAAUAGCUCCUAUUUGGUCUGUGGUCUCUGCCGCUUGCUUCGUGCUGGCUUGGGAGCGCUGUAGGAAGUGCCAGCAUGGUGAUGGAGAGCUCUGGGCUUCCGUGGGGAGAGAGGACGCAGUUCUCUGGCUGAGGUCCGAGGAAGCCCACGCAGGCUCACAGCUCUCCAGGGCCUCUCCAUGCUGCCUCCUACUGCCUCUCCUCCCAGCCACCUCAGAGGCCCGCGCUGGCCACCACCGUAUGUCUGCUUCUGUGUCGCUGACCCCUGUCCUGCCCCAGCCCCGUAGGGACCUGCCAGCGCCAACUCUCCCACCUUGAACACUGUGGGCAGCGUUUGGGGUCUAGGAAGAGGGGGAAUUGUGACCUGAAGGCUUGAAGGCUUCGCUGCUGCGGGGACAGCUAGCCCUGACCCAAAAGCUCUACUGAGAUCGGCUUCGGGGCCUGGCAGAGCGAGUUGGUAUGUCUUUCUUUCCUUUUUCCUCCUUUUUUCUUUCUUACUUAUUUUUGA